CUCGGUUAGUGUGGGUCCGGCUGUCCAUCUCACGGCCAGUCGGAAUCCCCGCGGUUGACUGCUUGUAGGCCCGAGGGCCUUGCCGACUUUCUGAGUCUCGCUCGUAGGCAGCCACAUCCGUUCCCCCUCCUCCGUGCCAGCCUGGGGCGGGGUGGGGGGCAAGCUGAGAUCCAAGAGCUGGGCCGGCCUCACCCCCAGCAGAGAGGAGACAUUUAUGUGCACAAGUAACUUAGUAAUAUUUACAUCAUGUCUGUUUUAAGAACCCUGAGACAGGCACAGAGAAUUCACUCAUCCAGUAAACAUUUAUUGAGCGCCUGUUCUGUGCUAGGUUCUGUCCUGGGCGGCUAGGGAAAACAGCAAAACAAACAAAAAUCCUACCUUUGGACAUUUUGUGUGAUACUGAGGGAAGAAAGAUGUUAGCAAAGUUAAUAAGUAAAAUAUAUAGCACUUACAGAGAAUAAUCCUGCAUAAAUACGGUGGUCAAAGAAGACCAUACUGAGAAAGUGACAGUUGAAUCUAGACAGGUGAGGGAUGAAUUAUGUGGAGAUCUGGGGAAGACUGUUUAAGCAAAGGGAGCAACAAGUGUAAAGGUCUCCGAGGAGGAAGCCAACUGGUGUGUCCAAAGGACUGUCGAGGAGGGAAGUGUGACCUGAGGGAGCGAAAACACUGGAAGACUAGGUCAGAUGGAGGAGGUAUUUCAGGUCAGGCAGGUACUCAGCAUACUUUGAUAUGUGGUCAGAGAGGGGCCCUGGGAUGGUGUCACCAGCCCACAGAGCCUGGGGGCUUCUCCUUAACCUGGCACGCCCCCAGGGGCCUGGACAAUGCCGGCAAGACAACCAUCCUCAAGAAGUUCAACGGUGAAGACAUCGACACCAUCUCCCCCACACUGGGCUUCAACAUCAAGACCUUGGAGCACCGAGGAUUCAAGCUGAACAUUUGGGAUGUGGGCGGCCAGAAGUCCCUGCGGUCCUACUGGCGGAACUACUUUGAGAGCACCGACGGCCUCAUCUGGGUGGUGGACAGCGCCGACCGCCAGCGCAUGCAGGACUGCCAGAGGGAGCUCCAGAACCUGCUGGUGGAGGAGCGCCUGGCCGGAGCGACCCUCCUCAUCUUUGCCAACAAGCAAGACCUGCCCGGAGCACUGUCCUCUAACGCCAUCCGCGAGGCCCUGGAGCUGGACUCCAUCCGUAGCCAUCACUGGUGCAUCCAGGGCUGCAGCGCCGUCACCGGGGAGAACCUGCUGCCUGGCAUCGACUGGCUCCUGGAUGACAUCUCCAGCCGCAUCUUCAUGGCCGACUGAGCUGCUCCUGAUGCCCCCACACCCAGCUCACAGUCCAGGCGCCCCCCCACCCCCCCACCACCAAGCACCAUCCCUGGAAGGGUGGGAGUCCACCAGCCCAACUAACAGCCCCCGCCCCCCUCCAUACCCUGCUGCUGCUGCUGCUGCCCACCGCUGCUCUGUGGCCAGCCGGCUCCCGAGGCGGGAGCCCUGUCACCCUGGCUGUCCCCCUGGCUCCUGACCCGGCCCACCUGCAGCUGCGGGACCAGGAGGAGAGGGCUGUGGCUGGGAGGGGGAGGCCUCUGCUGCUAUCGAGGCUGUGGGCCUCAUCAUUUGCUCAGCUGUGAGAAUAAAUCAUUCCCCGCUCCCA